GCGGAGGAAGGAGGUGAUGGUGAUGGAGGGAGGAGGAGGAAGAGGAGGGCUGAUGUGUGCUGAUCAGCAGCAGCAGGUCUGAUGAUGAUGGUGAUGAUGAUGAUGAUGAUGAUGAUGAUGCUGUGAGUCAGAGAGCGGAGGGUUCAGGAUGCUCACAGCCGCUCCGGAGUAGACAAACCCCGCACACGGACAGAGCGAGGAGCCGCCGGAGGAGACACGCACACAGGUCAGCUAUCCAGAGCAGCGGGUGGACUCCAACUCCUACAAUGCCGGAGCAGAGUAACGACUACCGGGUGGUGGUGUUUGGAGCUGGUGGGGUGGGAAAGAGCUCACUGGUCCUUCGGUUUGUCAAAGGUACCUUCAGAGACACCUACAUCCCCACGGUGGAGGACACAUACAGACAGGUGAUCAGCUGUGAUAAGAGUGUCUGCACACUGCAGAUCACUGACACAACAGGAAGUCACCAGUUUCCCGCCAUGCAGCGUCUUUCCAUCUCCAAGGGCCACGCCUUCAUCCUGGUCUUCUCCAUCACCAGCCGCCAGUCACUGGAGGAGCUCAAACCCAUUUACCAACAGGUCCUGGCUAUCAAGGGCACCGUGGAAUCCAUUCCCAUCAUGCUCGUGGGCAACAAAAGUGAUGAGACGGCCCAGCGUGAGGUGGAGACAAAGGAGGCCGAGGCUCAGGCUGCCGCCUGGAAGUGUGCCUUCAUGGAGACAUCGGCCAAGACGAACUCCAACGUGAAGGAACUGUUCCAGGAGCUGCUGUCCCUGGAGAAGAAGAGGGACAUGAGCCUGAGCAUCGACGGCAAGCGCUCGGGCAAACAGAAACGCGCCGACAAGCUGAAGGGGAAGUGCAGCAUUAUGUAGAGCGAGCGGCGGGGGACUCGCUGUAGAGAUGUGGAAACAGCAGAGGAGGCAGGAGGGGGGAGGGAAAGAGACUCCCCCUCCCAUCUUUCCCCAGCUCUGCAUCACAGAGGAUGGGUCUUCUUCUUUGGUGGCUCUCGUCCUCCGUCUGUCUGAACACUGAAGCCCAGAGGAACAAAACGACAAGACCGACCAAUAAUGUAAACUUUAUUUAUACCAGGGCCUCGGGCUCCUCCUAGCCCUGAACUGGAUCGUAUUCGUGGCCCCAAAAAAACAUAUACAGACCCAUCUAACUGCUGCCACCAUUAACCAUCACACAAAUGUUAUUAUCAAGGAAUACUCCACUGAUUCUCCUGUGAAAGGUAGAGCUGAUUUUUGGCCGAGCCAUGAAGGCAUCUUGUACUUACAGAAGCAAAGAAAAAGAGUAAAUUUUUCUGUUCAGAUUUGAGCCCUGUUUGUUUCAGCACUUCCUACAAUACCCAAGAUUCAUAGCAAACUCUGAAAGGAAGUUAAAGUUUUUCCCAGGUCUGACGGACUCAAACUCAGCCAGUGCCCGAGUCUUUAAAGGAAAACUUUGCUGUUUUUCAACCAGCUCUGUGUUCUUGCAUUGUGUGCAGAUAAACUGCUUCCCUCCUCGCAACAAGGACCCAAAAAUCCCCGCCGAGCCGCUGGCACAAGUCUGUUAGCCAAAACCUUUGGUCAGCGAUGAGUUUCCAAGGAGGGGAAGUUUCACCACAUGUUGGUUGUGUGUGUCAAACAGAUACAAUAUGGCUGAAAAACAGUGAAGUAUUCCUCGAUCUAAUAAGAGUGACAUUUCCAUUAUGACUCUGUUCUUGGUGGUUGUAACCACAAAUAACAGGAUGUUUCCUGCCGUCAUUAGAGGAACGUCUACGUCCAAGCUAACGGCCUUUACCCUCCACAUGAACACAGUACAGGUGGUCUAAUGAGAAAACAGCAGACACUCUUUAAACAUCAGGAAACUCCUGAAGGCUUCGGUGAUUUCCACAAGCACAAGCUGACCUUUCACUCUGUGUUCAUCUCUGUCAGACUCACUGUCACACAGCAUCCGUUAGCAUGACCGAGUAGCUGCUGAUGGAGCAGCUGAGCGAACUGUGCAUAUGGUUUAAAGGAACAGUACAACACUUUGACAAUCAGCUCCAGAGUCAGCUGUUUCAGCUGCCGUAUCAUUUUAUCUCUGUGUGUCCAGGACACAACAACUUAGCUUAGCUCCAUCAAAACAAACAAAAAAAUUCACUGGAAAAAAAAACUUACACAAUGUCAUUAAAGCCAUCCCUGAAUUUUCGCCUGAAUUAAUAUUGAAAAGGCCUUUUUAAAAAAGGUAUACAUUUAUGACAGGCUCUUGUAUAUCAGUAAAGGCCUCUGCUGGGGAACCAGACAGAUCUGCAUGAUCAUCUUUUAUUUUCUCUGGAACAUACAUCUGGUGUGUGGUUGCAAAGCUGACACUGACACAGCAGGCACCACCAGGAGUGGAGUCUGCGGCUUAAUUUGACUCAACUCGGGAACCCUCAGCCAGCUCUGACACGGAAGGAUUGACAGAUUGAUAGCUCUGUGUGGACUCUGUGGGUGGUGGUGCAUGGCCGUCAUUAGUUGGUGGAGCGAUUCGUCUGCCUCAUUCCAAUACUGAACGAGACUGUGACAUGCUGUCUUAUGCAGCCGGCGUUCAACUUCUUAGAGGGACAAGUGGCGUUCAACCACACCAGACUGAGCACUAACAGGUCUGUGACGCCCUGAGAUGGCUGAGGCUGCACGGGCGCCACACUGAGUGGUCUACCCUUCCUCGCGAGGCGCAGGUACCUGCUGAACCCCACUGUAAUGUGUUUCUAGGUGUUGGAGUUGUACUGCAUUUGUUUCAAGUCAGUAUGAAGCCUUUAGUGUCUCCACAGAGAGCUGUGUGAAGUCUGAUAAAAUCCUCAGGUGAUGUCACUCGAGUCAGUGUUGGUUAAAGACUAGAGCUGUGGCGUUAGAAAGAAGUGAUCUUACCAGACGUCUAAACUCUGCUGCAGGAUACUUUAGCUGCUACUAGCAUAACACACCACUAUCCACCACACAGCUAUCAGAGGAAGAGUUGCAUUAUGGGUAAUGUAGGCAGUGCCUUGUCAUCUGUCCAGCGGCCCAUUAGGAAAACCUCAAUAAGCCUGGUACCAAACAAACACCCAUUACUCCUAAACGACACUCCCCCUGCAGGUAGACAGAGUUAUGAGCUGCAGUCCUCGUAAUGUUUCUCUUGCCCCCGGUCGAUUGGGAGCAUCUGUGUGUACGACUGUCGGCACUGCAGAUGUGCUCAAACAUGCUGCUCCUCAGCUGUGACACAAGUUCUCUCAUCAGUUGUCAGAAGCUUCGGUUCAGUUCUGCAGCACAAAGCUUUCUCUUUUCCAUGCAGGUCAGACUCGGAGCUGUCGGCCGAGUUUUUCUUUCUUUUGAUGGAGCUAGGUCAGUUCAGGACUCCACCAGCAAACUGGAUCACAGAGGUGGUGAUUGCUGCACUCCAUGACCUUUGCUGAUGUGGUGCCACUGCUGGUGUUCCCUGCAGCUCAGUAAGAUGAUGAUAUUUCAUAUUAAUAUUACACCCUUUUUGUGCUGAAUCUUCUGCAGGAUCAAAGCAAAGGAGGAGUUCUAAGUGUUGGACUGUUCCUUUUACUAAACAGGAGAGAGGACUGAACAUUGUGUGAGCAGCCGCUGUAUAUUUGAAAUGCCUUUCGUCCCACUUUACUUGACAGUUUGUUAUAUUCUCUGAACAUAAGUGAGCUUAAAAGUUAACGAAGCACAAACACAACAAACUCAAGUCGGAAAGCAACGAGCCCAUGAGCACACCUCGUUCAUCCUGCAGAACAUCUGUUCAGUUAUUAUUCACCCGUCAGUGAGUCUAUGCUCAUCACAUUUUAUGCACCUUUGAGAAAUGCUCCAUGUGUUUUUUUUUUCAUUGAAAAAAGCGUUUUGACAUGUUCUGUGAGUGAGGCGUCACCAUGUCCGACCUGUUGCAUCACUCAAAAAUUUAAAAUAUAAUAAAUUUAAAUUUAAAUUUAAAAUAUCAGUUUCUGAAUUCGAACCUGAACUUCAUGUAGCUUAGUUUCAUAAGUGUUAGAUUUAAAGGAACUCUGUUGCUCUCCUGCAGAGCUGUGUUGUGCUUUGUUUUAGGGAUCCAGAAUUUUUUGACUGUCGUCGCCAGAGAGAUUAGACCAAAUGCCUAAAUGCCAAAAGCCUUUUAUUUCCUACACAAAAACCAACAUCAGUUUCUUUUAACCAUGAGCUCCCUGUUUCCCCAAACGUACGAAUCAUUUUGUUCCAUAUUGUAAUAAGGGACUGUUCAUUACUUUUGAGAGGGGAGGAGGUCGUGCAAAAAGGGGGAGGCAUGUGAAAUAGGAGGCAUACAAAUGUAAGUUCUUUUUAUUUUGAUUUAUUUAACCGCUGAUUUAAAAACAAACAAACUUUGAAAGAAAACAUUCCUUUAAAAAUCGCCAAAAUGACAUUUAUCAGCCAGAAACUGUAAAAACAGAAAUUAUUGUUGGAUUUUCAAAUUCAUGUGUCAUUAGACACAUCAUGUGCAACAAACACUUCUGUCAGAUGAAAAACAUAAUCAAGUCUGAUCUUAAAAUAGUGGUAUUUCAUCAAAAUCACUAAACCUAAAUAAACCUUUUGCAUGACAAGAGCAAAAAACUGAGGCUUUUUCCAACUUUUGUCUUUAAAUUUAACUUUCAAACAUCAAAGGGUAAGUUUUAGAAAUCUAACAAGUCAUUUAUGGUGCAGGGAGGGUCAUGGGUCUUCCUCCAGUCACUCAGGGAGGGUCAAGGAAAACAUUUGUAGCUUCAGGGAGGGUAAAAAAAACCCCUUCAAACAAACAAACAAACAAACAAGAACAGUCCCUAAUGAACAGUUUUGUAAUGGUCCUUUAUGCUUUCAUGUCAUUCAGAGAUCUGCGCUGUCAUAUAAAAUAAUAUUAUAAAUAUAACAUAAUUUCUAUAAAGUUUCCUUUUGUGUAAUUUGAUGUCAGUCAUGGGCAAAGAACACAAAGGCUGAAGUUUGUUAAGUUUGUAAGCUGUUGUUUAUUUGCACAGAAAUGUCCUUGAUGAAAAACUGCUCCAUUUAUAACAAUGAUCGCAACUUUAUUUCCACAGCAGCUUUCAAAACAAAGUAAAAACAUAAGAACCAAAAUGUAAAAUAUCAAACAAGAUAAAAUAAUGAAAACAAUUGCAACAAAUCAGUCAGUAAAGAAAAAGUGAGAAGAUAAAAGUGGGUUUUAAAAAGAGAUUUAAAUGGCAGGUAACCAGUGAAGGGUCAGUGUGAUGGUCUCGCCUCUUAAUAAUAAAAAGUUAUUAAAUUAAAUUCUCUUGAAUAAAGUGCUUUGUGAGUGUGGACACAUAAAACAUGGAUGAAUCUUUUCUAGAUCUACAAAUGGCCCACAGCGGCAUUUUGUCCCUGUAGCAAUGAAAACUGAUGCAUGAUUUGCCCCGUGGUAAAUAAGAGGGGGCCCAGAAUAGACCCCUGGGGGACCCCACAAAAGAUUCAUUACUCAUGAAGGCUAUUGUCUGAAAAUGUUUUUCUUAUAAACUGUAUGUUAAACUGGAUUUGCUACCAAGUGAAAUCCCAGAGGAAAAUUUUGCUGAUCACAACAAACAGUCUUUUCUUUGUCUCAUCAGAACUAAAUCAGCUUCGUAUUUGGAGAUGACUAAAUUCUGAUCCGAUUUCCCCAAGGAGAAAUAAGGAGCAAAAGAAUAAAUCAACAGGAGCUCUUGUGCUGAGCUCAGUCUUCUCAGAGGUUUCUCAACUCUGAUGACAGAUCAAAUACAGAGUUGAGACUUGAAUCUGAUCGCUGAGACAAAUUUCUGAAAUACUGCAGUGCAAUUAAGAUUUCUUUUGGAUCCACAUGAUACAUUCAUGUUAUACUGAGCUCAGUUAUGUCGAGGAGAAACAGAGAUCUUAGUUUGAAUUUUUCCUUUCCUCUGGACUGUCCUGUCUCAGUUCAGGUGAACACAGACACACCUGCAGAGCAGGAGUCGUGGCUGAGAACACAUCAAACACAUGCGUCAGGACUCGUCGCUCCAGGAUUUCAAACUGAAACAUUUCUUUUGCUAGUUGGCACGGAGCGUCCUCAGAGAGCUGCUGUGAGUUGGUGGAGCUAACGUGUUCCCGGCUGACCAGCUUAGAAGAUGAACGAAUAAUCACACAACAGAAACAAAGCAUCCAAUCACAUUGUCUUUUGACCAGUUUCUAAACAUUUGGUUUAAAUUUGCAUUAAAACACUGGGCUGAAACUUGACUCAUGAGAAUCUGGCAGUGAGCUGCAGCUCCUGGAAUGCAUUCAUUUAUACUGUGGGGCUGGAUGAGGCUCAGGUGUGUCCUGAUGAGGUAAUGAGUGACAGGUGUGCAGAGCAGGUGAGCUCAGGUGACUGAGGAGGGUGGGAAAGAUCACAUUUUAAGAUUAAUUUACCUUUCCAGUUGCACUUUUUUGUAAAAGUUAUCCUCCCACAUUAUGAUUCAACAGGUUUGUAAUUCAGACGAAGAACAUUUUUAUUUAUUCUGUGUCAUUUAUUUAAAUCAAACUUGAGGAUAUUUCAUUGGACAAAACCUCAGAAUCAGAAACCAGUGUGAUAAAAACAGCAGAGACACAUGGCUGAACGUUGUUUUUAUCCUCCUCAGAUAUAUUUUGGCCAAAGUGUGACAGGACUUUGGUCGAGUGCUGAGUCCCAGCGACGCUCUUUGUUCUGUGGCUUCACUUUUGUUUGGAGGAUCAAUGGAAUGCAAGAAAGUGACUGAAUAAAAACA